AUGAACCAACCACUGAAAGAGGGGCGAACGAGGCAAAGCAGUUUCCGUGUUAUUUAUCCACCCAUGGGUUACGAUUCGAUCCCGAUUGCGGCAUCAAACGCCAAGGAAUUUGGCAAGAAAAAGAGGGUGAAUAGAGCAGCCAAAUUGAAGCAGAGCAAACUUGAUGUUCGUCGUGAACAGUGGCUUUCCCAAGUGAAGAACAAAGGAUGCAAGGAAGAAACCAACGGUGUUAGUGGUGUGAAAAUGCCUGCUGAACGGAAUGAUAUUAAUCCCAGUGGCGAAGAGAAUGAGGGUUUGAGGAAUCUAUGCAGUGAUUCCGAGUCACCAUUUAACAGUCCGAUGAGUAGUGUUUUCGGGAGCAACAGAUCACCUUCUCAUUUUACCAGCAACAGCAGUAGCAGUAGUAGCAGUGGAGGUUGUUGUUCAGAAAGCAUGACUGAAGAAGAUGAUGGGGACAACGAGUGCUUGGAUGAUUGGGAGGCAAUUGCUGAUGCUUUAGCAGCUGAUGACAUUAAAAAUGAUAACCUUGAAUCCCCUGAGCCAGAUUCUGUGACAGCAACCAUGGAGGCAAGUCAAGAUGAUUGCUGUGCUCGAGCUUGGAGAGCAGAUGAUGUUUUUCGACCUCAGAGUCUGCCAAACUUACUAAAACAAAACAGCUUUCCAUGUUUCAAGAAUGUUUGUUCACCAUCAACGUGUCCGAUAUGCUGUGAAGAUCUGGAUUUGACAGAUACAAGUUUUCUUCCUUGUCCAUGUGGCUACAGGCUCUGUCUUUUCUGCCACAAGAGAAUUCUUGAAGAUGAUGGCCGUUGUCCAGGAUGCAGGAAACAGUAUGACCACCAUGGCCCGGGUAAUCUAUCUUCAAAAAUGGGGCGUUCUUACAGUAUGAUCCCUAGGCGUUAGAAAAGUAUGUAUGAUGGCCUCUUUUUUCACAUCUUUCUCGUAUCUUUACUGUUAGAAACUGCUGUUAAUAGUUAUGCAGUUCUCUAAUCGGUUGAACCAUUUUUAUAGCAAUAUGAUUCUAUAGAGGACUAAUUGGUAUGGAUAUUGAAUACAAACGUUUUGAUUGAAAUUUAUAGAGGGCAUCUUUAAACCUUAUUCAACUGAUCAUUAGCAGUAUAAUAAGGAAUCUUGAAGCUUUCCAUGUUAUUUAUGUAUGUAUUAUGUAUGAAUAAAUACAUAUAUUACAAUUUGGAUGAAUGUAUUUAUUGGAACCGAAAGAGAUACAUGACAAAUGACAUAGACACCAUUACAGGGUAGGGGUAGGGUACACAAGAUAACCAUUAGUUGCUUAUUGUAGAUGAAAGUGGUCUUCUUUCUUUAUAAAACAUGUUUGUUUUCACUAUGUGGAAGUCUGGAAGUGAAAUUUCAGGCAAGAUUCUGAUCUAUGCUUCUCAGGGAGCGUUUUCCACCACUUAACAAAGGUAGAUUUUUCCAGGAACACAUCCUUGUUCAGUUCUUCUUUCUGAACCCAUUCUUUGACUUGUUUCUCCAUAGCAACAAUUUGAUCCUUUAUCUCUUCAAAUGGUUUCCUUUUCAUCUCCUCUACUUUUGCCCAAAAUAUGGUCUCUGAGCUCGACCCUUCAUUCAACUUCUUUUCAUGCUCCCACCAUCUUUGAGUGUACUUAUAACGCUUUGGUCUACCCCCAUCUCUCAAAUAAGUCCCAGUGUCUUCAUCCUUUGAGUGCCUAUAGUAAUUAGCUAUAUCUAAUGGCUCCACCAGUCUCCUGAACUCGGUUCCUAACUUGAUCCACUCUUCCUCACUCUCAAAUCCAUCCGGGAGUUCAUAACGUUUCAACAUUUCCACAAUCUCAUCCCAUAUACCUGCUAGUUCUAGCCUUGUUACAUUUGCAUUGAAGUCAUCAUUACCCUUUUGAAUCUUGAAAGCAUCAUAAUAACCAAUCUUUCGGUCUUCACUUGUUUUUUGGUAGUCAGCUAUUAUCUUG